GUUGAUUCUUCGAAUUUAAGACAUUGCUCUGAUGUUCAGACUCGAGCCAGGUGAGGCUACUUUCCGACAAUUUGAUCCGCUGCUCAUUUAGGUGCAAACUUAAGCUUUGAUUCAACCAGUCAAUGCAAGGACGCACCUUUCUGGCAUCUUUGGUCGAUCAUCAGUUCAGUCACAGCUGACCCAUGGAAAACAGAAAUGACAGUCCCAUGGCUGUGAAGGUGGAGGAGCAUUCUCGCGGUGUCAUCCUGACUUACUUCCAGGGGGACAUCAACAGCAUGGUGGAUGCUCACUUCAACCGUGCCCUCAGCAAAGUCUGCAAGGCCAAGGCCCCCGCAGUAAAGACAAAGAAAUUCCAUAAAUCUAUUAAACUGGAGGAGUCCAGCCCCUGUCAGGGCAGCGCUGUGGACAGUUACUCGGAGUCACAGCUCCGUCCUCCUGAGCGUCUCCUGAAUUUCAGCCCUGCAGAAGACGCUCAAGGCUCGUGGCACUCGUAUACCGGCCGGUCAGCAGAGGGCCCCGGGUUGCCGUCUAUCCCCUACCCUAUGUCCCCUAAUGGGUUGAAUAUUACCGGACAGCAAUACACCACAUCUCUGCUCAACCUGCUGCAUAAUGACCGGGGUGAGAUGGGACCCAGCAUGGCCUCCAGCUCCAAGCCAGAUCUGCAUCCCAGCUGGACUGUGCCCCAAGGAUUUAGAGACUCCGUGGACCCCACUGCGGGCUUUGAACCAGGACGACGUCUGGACAAAAAGGACUACUGGUAUUGAAGCGAGAGGGACCGGCUCCAGCUGCACCACAUAUAGUCCUCUUCUUGUGGAUCUGCAAACCCACCUGGCUUUCUGUGCAGCUGCCAGAUGAUUUUUCCUCAAUCAGGCCUCACCGAGUGUUACCUGAGAAUACACGCAACAGAAACACUGCAGCGCUUCCAUUCCCGUGCCUCCAUUUCUUAAUAAAAUGACCUCAGUGCAUCGGCACGCAGCAAGUGGAGCGGCCUUUCUGAAAGGGAACACUCUUCGACAGACCUGUUCUUCCACUCUCUCACUCCUUGAUCUCAAACACCUGAAUGUGUUGUUGCUCCAGUUGAAUGAAGGGUAUUUUCUUCUGCCUUAUCAGGCACUUCUCUUAGUGGGCCUACACUAGUAAAUAGACCAGUAUUACGGUGAAGUAAAGUGAAAGUAUGAAGAUUUGUGAGUGUGUAAAUAUCAAUGUUAAUAUAGUUCACUUAUAAGCUUAAAUUGCUAUGACAAUAUGUCAUAUAUUAAACAAAUGAAGGAUAGUGAUGUUUAUGACUUGAUUUUUCUGGCAGCUUAAACUUGUCCACUGUACAAAAAUGGAAUCAUAUACAAACUUAAACAUUUAUCAGAGCAGACCGAUAAAAACAUCUCAAAUACAUCUGUGUUGAACACAGGUAGAUACUUAACAUAUUUAAAAUGUGAGAUACGGUAAAGUAGGAAACAAGUAUCAAAAACCAUACAUUGUAAAGGAAUUGGCAUCAGCAACACACAAUUAACAAUACUGACACUUAAUGAUGUUUUGUACAAUAUUUCUUUUUACAAAUACAUAAAAGACAUAUGAUUAGUGAAGGAAAGUAGAACUAAGUACAUUUGCUCAAGUAGGCCUACUGAACUUAAUUACAACUCUACUUGAGUAUUUCAACUUGUAUUAUUAAUGAUCCAAAUACAUAUUGGUAAAAUGCUGACAGGUACCAUUCUGUAAAAUGAUUACUUUUGUAGAUUUUAUACCCAGAACUUUUCCUUGUAGUGGAAUAUAUUUAUAGUGUGGUAUUGCUACUUUUACUUUGUAAAUUAUAAUCAUGUCUUCCACCACUGCAUAUAAUGUAUAUUUUCCUGUAGUUACUGAUAUUGUGGAAACUCGAGGUGUUCAAUAUUGAAUAAAUAAUUGCAACAUUAUGAAAGAAUAA